UCGGAUUUCGUCGCUGUUUGGGCCGAUCGGCUCGGCCUUUAAACCAAAGCUUCUGUUUGUUUCUUCGGGAUCGUUUUACGCAGCAGCUAGGGAAUUACUCAACUUUUCCCUUUUUAUUUCCUCCCCCGAAAAUCCUCAUAAUGCUGGCCGCUCGUACUUUUGUUGCUCCCAUUGGGAGGCAAUCCUAUCGCAUUGCCCCUCGCGCUGCCGGCACUUUGUCCUUUCAUAACCAGAGGUUCUUUGCCUCCCAGAGCGACCGUGUUGCCAAGUUCAAUGGUGUCAAGGACUCGAAUGUACGGGCGCAUCCUCCCACCCUUCCUAACCUUGCUGUUGAAUCAUGGCCGAGGAGGGGGGGAAAACAAAACAUUCACUCGAUCGCCAUGACGUUCAACAUGCGGUAGGAACCUAUACAAAGGGAUGCGAGGCUGAUAAUA